UGAAAGUCUGAAACAGUUUUAGUUUAUCAACGUUACAUCUCUCUCCCUCGUCCCUAUGUAUCUACUACCUACGUAUAUCAUCGCGCACGGUACAUCUACAUGGACCCAUAACGAAUAUAUGCAUGUUAAUAUCGAUGCAUACAAAAUAAAGUAAUAGUAAUAUAAUUUCGUGAAAAGAUAAAAUAGUGAAAGAAAAAAGAAAACACACAGUCAUCGGUGUCGUGGUUGCAGUUACAGAGGUGGUCAGAGCAAAUUUUUUACACAAGCAAAGCAACCAAAAGAUUAUCUGUACUUGCUCUCUCUCUCCUCUCUCCCUCUCCUCAUUUCUGCAAAAAUCUAAACCCAAAUCUCAACUCUCCUUUUACUGAGAAACAGGACAAGGAACACCGAAACAUGAAGGCAUUGGUGGUAAUAAUGUUCUAAAGAGUGAUCUUCCGACAAAAACACAUGGGGAAAAAGAAUGGCUCUUCUUGGCUUACCGCCGUGAAACGAGCUUUCCGAUCUCCGUCCAAGAAGGAACAAAAUACUCCUCACGGUCAUGAAAUCGAAGAAGACGAAGAAAAGAAGAGAGAGAAGAGACGGUGGUUAUUCAGAAAACCGGCGAAUCAAGAAUCUCCGGUGAAGUCUUCCGGUGUCUAUCCGCCACCACCACCGCCAGAAUCAGAUAACGCAAAUUCCACAACCUUCCCGGAGACAGCACCGAGUAACGCAACGACGCCGCCAUUGAACGCCGGAAAAUCCCCGCCCGCCGUAGUCUCCGUCGCCACGUCAGCAUCUCCGGUGGCUUUAUCGAAACUCCCGAGGCGGAUUUAUUACGCAAGAGAGAAUUACGCUGCUGUGGUUAUCCAAACUUCUUUCAGAGGAUAUCUGGCAAGAAGAGCAUUAAGAGCAUUAAAAGGAUUAGUGAAGCUGCAAGCAUUGGUGAGGGGUCACAAUGUGAGAAAGCAAGCGAAAAUGACUUUAAGGUGUAUGCAAGCUCUGGUUCGAGUCCAGUCCCGUGUGCUUGACCAACGUAAACGCUUGUCUCAUGACGGUAGCCGCAAAUCCGCAUUCAGCGACUCUAACUAUGGUUUUGAAUCUCGUUAUCUUCAAGACAUUUCAGACCGACAAUCCAUGUCAAGAGAAGGAAGCAGCGUCGCCGAAGAUUGGGAUGACCGACCACACACAAUAGAGGAAGUGAAAGCUAUGCUGCAACGGAGACGCGACUCAGCAUUGAGACACGAGAAGACUAAUUUGUCUCAAGCUUUCUCUCAACAGAAUCGGAGAACGGUUGGUAACCAAUCCGCGGGAGGAGACCACGAGGCAGAACUCGAGGAGGAAAGACCGAAAUGGCUCGACCGGUGGAUGGCCACUAGACCCUGGGAUAAGCGAGCUAUUAGCAGAGCUUCCGUUGACCAAAGGGUCUCGGUUAAAACCGUGGAAAUUGACACUUCUCAACCUUACUCAAGAACAAGAAUCGGAAGCCCGAGCCGUAGCCAAAGACCUAGUUCCCCAUCAAGAACCAGCCACCAUUACCAGUCCCGCAAUAACUUCUCAGCCACUCCAUCUCCGGCUAAGUCUAGACCGAUCCUUAUCCGGUCAGCUAGUCCGCGGUGCCAAAGAGAUCCGAAGGACGACCGUGACCGAGCAGCUUAUAGUUACACGUCAAACACACCUAGCUUGAGAUCUAACUAUAGUUUCACUGCUAGAAGUGGUUGUAGCAUUACUACCACAAUGGUCAACAAUGCAGCGUUGUUGCCUAAUUAUAUGGCGAAUACGGAGUCGGCUAAGGCGAGGAUUCGGUCCCAGAGCGCGCCGAGGCAACGACCUUCGACUCCCGAGAGGGACCGUGUUGGUUUGGUCAAGAAACGGCUCUCCUUUCCAGUCCCGCCGCAGCCGGAGUAUGAUGACAGUAAUAGCUUGAGGAGUCCGAGCUUUAAGAGUGUGGCUGGUUCACAUUUUGGUGGAUUGUUGGAGCAGCAGUCCAAUUACCCCUCGUGUUGCACUGAUUCUAUUGGUGUUGACAUCUCUCCAGCUUCUACUAGUGACUUUAGGAAUUGGCUGAGAUGAUUGUCGGUGAUGCUAAAUCAACGGUCACAACUCUUUUGUCAGCCUCCAGGAAAAAGCGUUUUUAUUUUUAUGCAGAUGAAACGAAAUUCUACUGAAUUUGAGUCGUUGAGGUUUAAUUUGUAUUUGAAAAUUGCAUUUGAAAAAAAAAAUCUUGACUUGACCAAAUUGUUCUGUAACUUUGUUUAGAUAUGGCAUUGUUAAAGAAAACUACAUUCGAUAAAUAUAUUUGUAGGAUAUAAAAGAAAA